CCUCUCUCAGUCUCAAAAUCAUUUUAUCUCCUUCCCUUUUUAUAUUUAUAUAUUUAUUUAUUUUUUUAUUCAAAAAAAAUAUCCAUAUAAUAUUUCCCCACAUUUUUUCUCCUGUUUUUUUUUCUCUUCUCGAAGAAUUUACGAAAUUCCUAUCAACGAUUGAAAAUUCCCAGGAUAAAAAAUGAGCGAGCAAAAAGUCAAAGACACAUACGGCGGACCACGACACAAAGUCGAAUAUGAUCGACUACGGGCUCAACACGAACUGGUCAAGGCGGAAAUGGGAGGAAAACUCCUCCUCUGCCCCGCCGACCUGUCACGGCCCGACUUGCGGGUCUUGGAUUCUGCCACAGCCGAGGGUACCUGGCUGGUUGACCUCGCAACGACGGUCCCUUCCAGCGCAACACUAAUUGGCACGGACAUUUCUGCCCAGCAUUUCCUCCCGCCGGCGGACCGACCGGCCAAUGUCGAACUAAGUCUCCACUCCAUCUUUGACACUUGGCCGGCCCACUUGCAAGAGUACUUUGACGUGGCUCAUCAGCGGUUCGUCCUGUCAGUCUGUCCCAAUGACGACGCCGGCGUUGACGCGGUGAAGAAGCUCUUCGCGUGCGUCAAGCCAGGCGGCUGGAUCGAGUUGCACGAGGGUGACAUGCAGUCCAUCCGAGAGGGCCCAGAGCAUGCAGCGUUCACGCGCUUCCGAGAUGUCAUGGUUCGCGCGUGGGGCGCCAUUGGAAAUAGACCGCGGCCGGCCGAGCACCUUGUUGAAUGGCUACAGAAGGCAGGUGCUGUGGAUGUCCAAGAACACGUGCAGACCAUCAAGGUGGGCGCUGCGUCGGAGGACAGAGAGCAGGGCCAACGGGCGGUCGACAUGCUCUUGUUUCUCUCGGAUGCGAUGAAGAAGAUGCUGGCCGACAAGCCUGGGCACCCUUCGGCGGAGGAGUUUGACCAAUUAAAGGUCGACCUGGAGAAAGAGAUGAAUACAGUGGGCAAUGUUUACCACUACCGUCUGGCCUUUGGUCGCAAGGUCUCGCAGAAAUAGAAUCGUUCAAUUUUGUCAGGAUGAAUGUUCCACCUGUUAGAAACGUAGAAGUUUAUACCCUUUAAAAAGACUAUACUGGGAAAAUCCAAAAUAAAAUAACAUAGCAGACAUUUCCGCGAUCAAUAACGUCGACUUUCCACAAGGACAUGCCUGGGAGACAAUUUUCAAAUAAUGCUUCUAAAUCCUAAAUAUUCUGCCCUUCUGGCAAUAUCACAAUGACUUUUUUGAAGGCAUGCCUAUUCCCGCAUACCAGCUGGCUAUCCCUUUCAUGGAAUAGCUACGUCGCGCUCGGACUGAUGGUUCGGCGGCACGGAUCCUUUUUCGUCUGGCUGGAUUGUCUCUGGAAUUGCCUCC